CGGCGUCAUAUAAACAUAAAAGGACUUUCAUGGUUGGUUAAUUGUUUGGAUAUCUGUGCUCUUGAGAGGUGGAGGGUGAUGAUGAGAUAGGAAGAGGUAAUUCAAGAAGGGAAGCUUUCGUCCCUUUAUAUAGUGUGUGGAUACUAUAAUUCAGGGAUAGGAGUGAAAUGGUCAUGCACUAAAUCCAACCCCAGUAAGGUGUACGGUACAUCUGAGCCAUGUCACAUAGAGUUUAAUUAGAGUAUAGUUUACGGCACAACCCAAACAGAGGAAAGACCGCGGAACGCUAGUGGCUUGCUGCCCCGAAUGGUUUAGUGAGGGGCUGAACCUCGGGAGCAGAUUAGCGUUUGGGGAUAGAGGGAGAAUACAAUGCCGGCUAGCACACAUACGUCAACUAACGGAGGGAUAUCCCGCACUGUUUUGGAAAAGGAGCCCACCAUGGCUAGCCACGGCAAUCCGGACGGUACUGCUACCUUUUCUUCAUAUUCCGAAGUUUCAUUACGUGGACACAAUUUUCACAUCCGCGCCAUUAAUAUGUGAAUGAUGCACAACGGAUAAAUUUAGAAUGUGGGGUAGCGUUUCGC